CCUACACAACAGACAGAGAGAGAGAGAGAGAGACAGUACUGUGCUACCACUGUGGUGAACUCCUGAGACAGUCACUGCAGGGAUUUCCACUAGAAGAGCAGUGACUGAGGAGACAAAAUGAACUUCGGCUUUAACAAAACGAUGGGAGUUACUCUCCCAGGGAACAUUGGGGCUUUGUCGGAAGAACUUACCCUCACCGAUACAAAUGAUGGAAAUGUCAUUAUUGAGGAUAUUCAAAAAGACUCUCCAGUUGCCAGAGCUGGCACUUUGAAAAAAGGUGAUCAAUUGAAUGCAGUAACAAUACAUUUUGACAAUCUAACCAGUGAAGAAGUUAGCAAAAUACUGAAAUAUUCGGAACAAUACAAAACAAGCUUAAAACUAAAUGCAAAAGAAGAACUCAGGAGCCCAGAUUUCAGACUGUCCAGUCCUGACAUGGGUUCUGGUGAUCAAGCUUACUUAAAGCUGUACAACAGCAAGAUUAAGCCACAUCUUAAGCUAGCAAAACCAAACCUGAGUGUUGGAAGCCUAAAUGGAGAAGUCAAUGUAAAAAAUAAAACAUCUUUUGGAAUAAAAGAGCCCAAGAUAUAUUCUCCUGAUAUUGACAUGAAGCUAAAGGCAACAGAAGAUAAUGGCCUCAAACUGCCAACAUCAAAUAUAGAUCUUGAAGCUCCGAACAUCCAAGCUAAAGUCAAAAGUCCAACUCUUGAUAUAGAUAGCCCAAGAUUUAAAAGCACCAAGCUUGAAGGGAAGAUAAAGUCCUCAGGGUAUCAAAUACCAUCGAUUUCAAUUUCAAGAAACAAAUCUAAAAUGCCAGAAAUGGACGUGUCUGGACCAGAUUUAAACACUUCUAAUAUUGACAUUGGUGGUGUAAAUAUCCCUGAAACAAAUUUGAAAAUGCCAAAAGUACAAAUGUCAUCCUUUGAUCUAUCAGGACCAAAAAUACCAGAUGUGGAUGUUGAUGGUUCAGUGAAAAGACCUGGCUUUGAUGUGUCUGUUCCAAAUGUUAAAGGAAAUUUUGCUGCACCAAAUGUUGAUGUAAGUUUUCCAAAAGGAGAUAUAAACAUUCCAGAUACAGAUCUUAAUAAACAAAAAUUCACAAUGCCAAAAUUUAAUAUGGCAAGUGCAAAUUUGUCAGCUCCAGACGUGAAGGUGAACAUGAAAACACCAACUGUGACAAGCGAGUUAGAUAGUAAAUUGGAGGUUCCGAACAUCAAGAAGCCAAGUGUAGACAUUUCCGGACUUGAAGGACCCAAUGUGAAUUUAGACGGCAAAGUAAAACUGCCAAAGGCUGACAUACCAAAUCCAAAGAUUAAAGGUGGGGGAGGAUCUGGUCAUUUAAACUUCAAAACACCUAGGAUCAGUGGAGAUUAUGAUAUGCCUGAUAUGAACCUGGAAGUACCUGAUGUAAAACUGAAAAACCCAGGGUUAAAGGCGCCUUCACUCAACCUUUCAGGAAAAAAUAUUUCUACUUCAGAUGUGCAUGUCAGUCUACCAACGGGAAAUAUAGAUGUGGCUACUCCAAAAAUACAAACUAAUGUCAGAAGUCCAAACUUAGAUAUAAAUGCUCCAAAGGUUGAUGGCCCUAGUGCACACAAGAAAUUUAAGUUCCCAAAAUUUAAAAGGCCCAUAUUUUCAAUAUCUGGAAACAAACCAAAAAUGCCUGAACGUGAUGCAACCGCUCCAGAUUUGAAGACAGAUUUCAAAGGUCCAGAGGUUGAUGUUGGGGGAUUAAAAGGAAAUGUUGAUGUUCCUGAUGCAAGAUGGAAAAUGCCAUCCCUGAAAGGGCCUUCAUUUGGAGUAUCAGGACCAAAAGGACCCGAUGUGGAUGUUGAUGGUUCGAUAAAAGCACCACGUGUUGAUGUUGCUGUUCCAAACGUCAAGGGAAACAUUGAGGGUCCAGAUGUUGACAUCAAUGUUCCAAAAGGAGAUAUAGAUGCAAAUAUCCCAGAUGCAAAACUUAAGGGAGGAAAUUUCAAAUUGCCGGGAUUCAAAAUGCCAAGUGGCAAACUGUCAUUGUCAGGUACUAAUACAGGACUGAAGAUGCCAAGAGGUCAAGUGGACCUUUCUGCUUCUGAUGUUCAGGGAGAUAUCAGUGGCCCAAGUCUUGACAUGAAAGGCCCAAAUCUUGAUAUCAAUGCUCCAAGUGUUGAUCUUCCUGAAGCAAAAUCCAAAUGGAGCAUGCCAAAAUUGGAAUUGCCAUCCUUUGGUUUAUCGACACCAAAAGGACCAGAUGUAGAUGUUGAUGCUUCAGUGAAAGCACCUGGUUUUGAUCUAUCUGUUCCAAAUGUUAAGGGUGAUUUUGCUGCACCAAAUGUUGAUGUGAAUCUUCCAAAAGCAGACAUAGAUGCAAAUAUUCCAGCUGCUGAACUUAAAGGAGGAAAAUUCAAAAUGCCAAAGUUUAACAUGCCAAGUGCAAAUUUGUCAGCUCCUGAUUUAAACUUGAACAUGAAAACACCAACUGUGGCCAGCGAUUUAGAUGCUGGAUUGAAGGUUCCAAAGCUCAAGAAGCCCAAUGUAGACAUUUCCGGACCUGAUGUGAAUUUAGAUGGCAAAGUAAAACUGCCAAAGGCUGACAUAACAACCCCAGAGAUUAAAGGUGGGAUAGGAUCUGGUGGCUUAGACUUCAAAACACCCAGGAUCGGUGGAGAUUUCGAUAUGCCUGACAUGAAUCUUGAAGUACCUGAUAUAAAACUUAAAGAUCCAGGAACUAAAAAGCCUUCACUUAACAUGUCCGCAGGCAACAUUUCCAUUCCAAAUAUGGAUGUCAGUCUACCAACUGGAAAUAUAGAUGUGGCUGCUCCAAAAUUACAAGCUGAUGUGAAAACUCCACACUUGGAUAUAAAUGCACCAAAUGCUGGUGACUUCAAUGCUGAAGGAAAAUUUAAGUUGCCAAAAUUUAAAAAGCCCACAUUUUCAAUCUCUGGAAACAAACCAAAAAUGCCUGAACUUGAUGCAACCGCUCCAGAUUUGAAGACUGAUUUCAAAGGUCCAGAGAUUGGUAUUGAGGGAUUAAAAGGAAAUGUUGAUGUUCCUGAUGCAAAAUGGAAAAUGCCAUCCCUGAAAGGGCCUUCAUUUGGAGUGUCAGGACCAAAUGUGGAUGUUGAUGGUUCGAUAAAAGCACCACGUGUUGAUGUUGCUGUUCCAAACGUAAAGGGAAACAUUGAGGGUCCAGAUGUUGAUAUCAAUGUUCCAAAAGGAGAUAUAGAUGCAAAUAUCCCAGAUGCAAAACUUAAAGGAGGAAAAUUAAAACUGCCGGAAUUCAACAUGCCAAGUGGCAAACUGUCAUUGUCAGGUACUAAUACAGGUCUGAAGAUGCCAAAAGGUCAGGUGGACCUUUCUGCUCCUGAUGUUCAGGGAGAUAUCAGUGGCCCAAGUCUUGACAUGAAAGGCCCGAAUCUUGCUAUCAAUGCUCCAAGUGUUGAUCUUCCUGAAGCAAAAUCCAAAUGGAGCAUGCCAAAAUUGGAAUUGCCAUCCUUUGGUUUGUCGACACCAAAAGGACCAGAUGUAGAUGUUGAUGCUUCAGUGAAAGCACCUGGUUUUGAUCUAUCUGUUCCAAAUGUUAAGGGUGAUUUUGCUGCACCAAAUGUUGAUGUGAAUCUUCCAAAAGCAGACAUAGAUGCAAAUAUUCCAGCUGCUGAACUUAAAGGAGGAAAAUUCAAAAUGCCAAAGUUUAACAUGCCAAGUGCAAAUUUGUCAGCUCCUGAUUUAAACUUGAACAUGAAAACACCAACUGUGGCCAGCGAUUUAGAUGCUGGAUUGAAGGUUCCGAAGCUCAAGACCCCAAAUGUAGACAUUUCCGGACCUGAUGUGAAUUUAGAUGGCAAAGUAAAACUGCCAAAGGCUGACAUGACAACCCCAGAGAUUAAAGGUGGGAUAGGAUCUGGUGGCUUAGACUUCAAAACACCCAGGAUCGGUGGAGAUUUCAAUAUGCCUGACAUGAAUCUUGAAGUACCAGAUAUAAAACUUAAAGGUCCCGGAAUUAAAAAGCCUUCACUUAACAUGUCUGCAGGCAACAUUUCCGUUCCAAAUAUGGAUGUCAAUGUACCAACGGGAAAUAUAGAUAUGGCUUCUCCAAAUAUACAAGCUGAUGCGAAAACUCCACACUUGGAUAUAAAUGCACCAAAUGUUGAUGACUUCAAUGCUGAAGGAAAAUUUAAGUUCCCAAAAUUUAAAUGGCCCACAUUUUCAAUCUCUGGAAACAAACCAAAAAUGCCUGAACUUGAUGCAACCGCUCCAGAUUUGAAGACAGAUUUCAAAGGUCCAGAGGUUGAUAUUGGGGGAUUAAAAGGAAAUGUUGAUGUUCCUGAUGCAAGUUGGAAAAUGCCAUCCCUGAAAGGGCCUUCAUUUGGAGUGUCUGGACCAAAUGUGGAUGUUGAUGGUUCGAUAAAAGCACCACGUGUUGAUGUUGCUGUUCCAAACGUCAAGGGAAACAUUGAGGGUCCAGAUGUCGGCAUCAAUGUUCCAGAAGGAGAUAUAGAUGCAAAUAUCCCAGAUGCAAAACUUAAAGGAGGAAAAUUUAAACUGCCAGGUUUCAACAUGCCAAGUGGCAAACUGUCAUUGUCAGGUACUAAUACAGGUCUGAAGAUGCCAAAAGGUCAGGUGGACCUUUCUGCUCCUGAUGUUCAGGGAGAUAUCAGUGGCCCAAGUCUUGAUAUGAAAGGCCCAAAUCUUGAUAUCAAUGCUCCAAGUGUUGAUCUUCCUGAAGCAAAAUCCAAAUGGAGCAUGCCAAAAUUGGAAUUGCCAUCCUUUGGUUUAUCGACACCAAAAGGACCAGAUGUAGAUGUUGAUGGUUCAGUGAAAGCACCUGGUUUUGAUCUAUCUGUUCCAAAUGUUAAGGGUGAUUUUGCUGCACCAAAUGUUGAUGUGAAUCUUCCAAAAGCAGACAUAGAUGCAAAUAUUCCAGUUGCUGAACUGAAAGGAGGAAAAUUCAAAAUGCCAAAGUUUAACAUGCCAAGUGCAAAUUUGUCAGCUCCUGAUUUAAACUUGAACAUGAAAACACCAACUGUGGCCAGCGAUUUAGAUGCUGGAUUGAAACUUCCAAAGUUCAAGAAGCCCAAUGUAGACAUUUCCGGACCUGAUGUGAAUUUAGAUGGCAAAGUAAAAUUGCCAAAGGCUGACAUGACAACCCCAGAGAUUAAAGGUGGGAUAGGAUCUGGUGGCUUAGACUUCAAAACACCCAGGAUCGGUGGAGAUUAUGAUAUGCCUGACAUGAAUCUUGAAGUACCUGAUAUAAAACUUAAAGGUCCAGGAAUUAAAAAGCCUUCACUUAACAUGUCUGCAGGCAACAUUUCCAUUCCAAAUAUGGAUGUCAGUCUACCAACGGGAAAUAUAGAUGUGGCUAAUCCAAAAAUACAAGCUGAUGCGAAAACUCCACACUUGGAUAUAAAUGCACCAAACGUUGGCGACUUCAAUGCUGAAGGAAAAUUUAAGUUCCCAAAAUUUAAAAAGCCCGCAUUUUCGAUAUCUGGAAAUAAACCAAAAAAGCUUGAACUUGAUGCAACCGCUCCAGAUUUGAAGACAGAUUUCAAAGGUCCAGAGGUUGAUAUUGGGGGAUUAAAAAGAAAUGUUGAUGUUCCUGAUGCAAAAUGGAAAAUGCCAUCCCUGAAAGUGCCUUCAUUUGGAGUGUCUGGACCAAAUGUGGAUGUUGAUGGUUCGAUAAAAGCACCACGUGUUGAUGUUGCUGUUCCAAACGUCAAGGGAAACAUUGAGGGUCCAGAUGUUGACAUCAAUGUUCCAAAAGGAGAUAUAGAUGCAAAUAUCCCAGAUGCAAAACUUAAAGGAGGAAAAUUUAAACUGCCGGGAUUCAACAUGCCAAGUGGCAAACUGUCAUUGUCAGGUACUAAUACAGGACUGAAAAUGCCAAAAGGUCAGGUUGACCUUUCUGCUCCUAAUGUUCAGGGAGAUAUCAGUGGCCCAAGUCUUGACAUGAAAGGCCCAAAUCUUGAUAUCAAUGCUCCAAGUGUUGAUCUUCCUGAAGCAAAAUCCAAAUGGAGCAUGCCAAAAUUGGAAUUGCCAUCCUUUGGUUUAUCGACACCAAAAGGACCAGAUGUAGAUGUUGAUGCUUCAGUGAAAGCACCUGGUUUUGAUCUAUCUGUUCCAAAUGUUAAGGGUGAUUUUGCUGCACCAAAUGUUGAUGUGAAUCUUCCAAAAGCAGACAUAGAUGCAAAUAUUCCAGCUGCUGAACUUAAAGGAGGAAAAUUCAAAAUGCCAAAGUUUAACAUGCCAAGUGCAAAUUUGUCAGCUCCUGAUUUAAACUUGAACAUGAAAACACCAACUGUGGCCAGCGAUUUAGAUGCUGGAUUGAAGGUUCCAAAGUUCAAGAAGCCCAAUGUAGACAUUUCCGGACCUGAUGUGAAUUUAGAUGGCAAAGUAAAACUGCCAAAGGCUAACAUAACAGCUCCAUCGAUUAAAGGUGGAAUAGAGCCUGGUGGCUUAAACUUCAAAACACCCAAGAUCGGUGGAGAUUAUGAUAUGCCUGACAUGGAUCUUGAAGUACCUGAUAUAAAACUUAAAGGUCCAGGAAUUAAAAAGCCUUCACUUAACAUGUCUGCAGGCAACAUUUCCAUUCCAAAUAUGGAUGUCAGUCUACCAACUGGAAAUAUAGAUGUGGCUGCUCCAAAAUUACAAGCUGAUGCGAAAACUCCACACUUGGAUAUAAAUGCACCAAACAUUGGUGACUUCAAUGCUGAAGGAAAAUUUAAGUUGCCAAAAUUUAAAUGGCCCACAUUUUCAAUCUCUGGAAACAAACCAAAAAUGCCUGAACUUGAUGCAACCGCUCCAGAUUUGAAGACAGAUUUCAAAGGUCCAGAGGUUGAUAUUGGGGGAUUAAAAGGAAAUGCUGAUUUUCCUGAUGCAAAAUGGAAAAUGCCAUCCCUGAAAGGGCCUUCAUUUGGAGUGUCUGGACCAAAUGUGGAUGUUGAUGGUUCGAUAAAAGCACCACGUGUUGAUGUUGCUGUUCCAAACGUCAAGGGAAACAUUGAGGGUCCAGAUGUUGACAUCAAUGUUCCAAAAGGAGAUAUAGAUGCAAAUAUCCCAGAUGCAAAACUUAAAGGAGGAAAAUUUAAACUGCCGGGAUUCAACAUGCCAAGUGGCAAACUGUCAUUGUCAGGUACUAAUACAAGACUGAAGAUGUCAAAAGGUCAAGUGGACCUUCCUGCUCCUGAUGUUCAGGGAGAUAUCAGUGGCCCAAGUCUUGACAUGAAAGGCCCAAAUCUUGAUAUCAAUGCUCCAAGUGUUGAUCUUCCUGAAGCAAAAUCCAAAUGGAGCAUGCCAAAAUUGGAAUUGCCAUCCUUUGGUUUAUCGACACCAAAAGGACCAGAUGUAGAUGUUGAUGCUUCAGUGAAAGCACCUGGUUUUGAUCUAUCUGUUCCAAAUGUUAAGGGUGGUUUUGCUGCACCAAAUGUUGAUGUGAAUCUUCCAAAAGCAGACAUAGAUGCAAAUAUUCCAGCUGCUGAACUUAAAGGAGGAAAAUUCAAAAUGCCAAAGUUUAAUAUGCCAAGUGCUAAUUUGUCAGCUCCUGAUUUAAACUUGAACAUGAAAACACCAACUGUGGCCAGCGAUUUAGAUGCUGGAUUGAAGGUUCCGAAGCUCAAGAAGCCGAAUAUAGACAUUUCCGGACCUGAAGGACCUGAUGUGAAUUUAGAUGGCAAAGUAAAACUGCCAAAGGCUGACAUAACAACCCCAGAGAUUAAAGGUGGGAUAGGAUCUGGUGGCUUAGACUUCAAAACACCCAGGAUCGGUGGAGAUUACGAUAUGCCUGACAUGGAUGUCAGUGUACCAACGGCAAAUAUAGAUGUGGCUACUCCAAAAUUACAAGCUGAUGUGAAAACUCCACACUUGGAUAUAAAUGCACCAAAUGUUGAUGACUUCAAUGCUGAAGGAAAAUUUAAGUCGCCAAAAUUUAAAAAGCCCACAUUUUCAAUCUCUGGAAACAAACCAAAAAUGCCUGAACGUGAUGCAACCGCUCCAGAUUUGAAGACAGAUUUCAAAGGUCCAGAGGUUGAUGUUGGGGGAUUAAAAGGAAAUGUUGAUGUUCCUGAUGCAAGUUGGAAAAUGCCAUCCCUGAAAGGGCCUUCAUUUGGAGUAUCAGGUCCAAAAGGACCCGAUGUGGAUUUUGAUGGUUCGAUAAAAGCACCACGAGUUGAUGUUGAUGUUCCAAAUGUCAAGGGAAACAUUGAGGGUCCAGAUGUUGACAUAAAUGUUCCAAAGGGAAAUAUAGAUGCAAAUAUCCCAGAUGCAAAACUUAAAGGAGAAAAUUUCAAACUGCCGGGUUUCAAUAUGCCAAGUGGCAAACUGUCAUUGUCAGGUACUAAUACAGGUCUGAAGAUGCCAAAAGGUCAGGUGGACCUUUCUGUUCCUGAUGUUCAGGGAGAUAUCAGUGGCCCAAGUCUUGACAUGAAAGGCGCAAAUAUUGACAUCAGUGCUUCAAGUGUUGAUCUUCCUGAAGCAAAAUCCAAAUGGAAAAUGCCAAAUCUGGAAACACCCUCCUUUAAUCUAUCAGGACCAUACAGACCAGACGUGGGCGUUGAUGGUUCAGUGAAAACAACUGGUUUGAAUGCACCUAUCCCAAAUACUAAAGGAAGUUUUGCAGCACCAAAUGUUGAUAUAAAGCUUCCAAAAAAGUCUGCGGGUUUGGAUGUGAAAAUACCCACAAUUGCCACCGAUUAUGAUAUGUCCAUUCCAGACAUGGACAUCAAGCUACCAAAACACAGUGUAAGAGGAGGUGCAGAUAUGCACAUUCCUAGUGCUGGAACUCAGAAAAAAACAAGGACUGACCCCAACAUAGACAUGAAGGGGACGGGGUUCAAAGUUAAAUCGCCAAAUCUACCUGGUGAUUUUCGUGAAGUUGGUGUGGAUGUGAGCACACCAAACCUUUAUGGCCAAGUGAAUGCUCCCAGAUUAAAUGUAAAUAGCAAUGAGAAUAUUAACAUGCAGAGUAACUUUUCAAGGGAAACAUUUAAAAUAAGAUCAUCAUCUUUAUCUGAUCUUGAUGAUGCACCUACACUGCCUAAAAGUGAUUCCAAUUUAAAAGCAAGAACGUCCAGUACUCUUCAUGUCACCGAUGAUGAUUCAAGUAAAAAAAGUAUGUUCAAGUUUGGAAAGCUGUUUAACUUCAAACACAAAUCAAAAGGAUCUGUUGACUUCACAAAGGCCAAGGCAGCAGCUUCUUCUGGGACAUUUACAUCAAAGUUCUCAUUGCCAGAACUUGAGCUCUCUGUAUCUAAAGACUGAAAAUGUGCAUCAACUGGUUAUUAAGCCAAGAUGUAUCAAUGUAUCUAUAUCAGUGACAAAUAUAAAGUUCCUUCAAAUCAAUAUUUCAUAUAUUAUUUGAUAUAUAAUUGUAGUAAUGUAACUCAUUCAUGUUGAGGCAAAAACAACCAUGUAACCAAACUCAGAUUUAAAGAUACAAGAUAGUAAGCGAUCAAGCUUGAAUACUGAGUUUGUAACAGACUCAACUAAGGCGUACAAUACCAGUUCAAUGCUAGAACUUUCAACUUUGUACCUGAAUGAAAGGAUUUUACUUAUAUACCUAAAUCUCCUAGGAACACCAUGAAGAAAAGCUUUGCAUAAAACUUGCUACUGGAGUUCUUUGUAUUGAUUGUCUACUGCUAUCAAACAUAUGGAAAUAGCCAUUGCAUUUGGGGAUUGGGAGUUAUUCUGAGAGAUGUUCCAAAUAAUUUGCUAUAAAAAAAUGAUAAAAUUAAAAAUGGACAAAUGUUGAUAUAAUUUUUGACAAUCUGAAUUCUUUCAAAACAAAUGUGUUAUGAGCUUAUAUCCUAUUAAUCUUCUUGAAAAUAUUUUUCAAUUUUGAUAACCCCUGAAAUCUUUUAAAUAAUAUCAUUUGAUAUUUUUAAAAGUUAUUAAAUGCUGCAUAUUCAGUUAAGUCAGGUUAUAUUUAAAAUUUGCUUCAUCUAUCAUACAUAUAACAGGAUUCAUUACAUCAAAACACAGUUGGUAAUAUGUUGAAAUGUGCUAAAUAUAUUUACUUACAUUAGAAAUGUAACUCAGGAUUGUACAGAUUUUCAUAAUUCUUCAAAGUUAAAGUCAAGUUGUAAAAUAUUCAGUUUCUUUACUAUUUUGAGAAUUUAAAACAUUUGGAAGAUGUUUUACUGAAACAUUUUAAACAGUUAUUGUACAGUCUCACAUGAGGCCUUCAAGUGGUCAAAACCUCAGUCUCCAUAUUAAAUGCUAUUGCUUUACACCAAU